AUGAAUUAACAGCAAGAAGAAGUAGAAAUAUUUGAAAACCCUAAUUCCAAUAGAAAUUCUGAAGAAAUGAGUAAAUCCAUUUUUUCCACUGUUUUUGCAAUCAUUUACAACUUCAGUUGGGGAAUGCUUUUUCUUAUUUUUCGACAUUACAGUAAUUAAUUUUUGGUUUUAAUUAAGAGAUGAUUCUGAAUGCCAAUUGAUUGAUUCAUGGACAUAAUACACAGAGAUUGUUUUAUUUAUUAUAGCUGGUUAUAAAUUGUAUAUACUUUAACAAUGCUAGAUUUAUUGAAUUACCAAUUUAAUAUUAGACUAAUAUAUAAUGGAAGAACUAAUUGUUUGAUGUUGUAGAUUAUUUAGAAUUAUUUUUUAACAUAGUUAUUCUAAUAGGAUUAACUGUAAUCAAAUUUAUAUUUACAUUAUUAGUAUGCUUAUCUUUAGAACGAAGAAUGUUAUAAUCUAAAGAGAUUUGUUUUAGGAUACUUAAUUGUUACAUACUUAAUAUUAUUAAUAUGGUUGAUAUCAUUCAUAUUUAUUAUUUGCAAUAGAGAACAAUUUAGUAGAAAUCAAUGA